AUGAGAGGCUUGAUCAACGUUGGGACUCACUGCGCCGUAAACAGUGUAUUGCAGUGUCUGUAUGUCACCGAUGACUUUAGGAUAAUGCUGACCGGAGGCCUCUGUGGCUCUGAUGACGCCGACUGCGAUAAAGCCGGCGACGACACCGUGGCGAGGGAACUGACAAGCGUCUUACGGGACAUGGACCGUAACACCCGGGGAAUGCCGCCGUGUGAUCCAAAGCCACUUGUGGACGCGCUAAUGCGAUACAGUGGCAUGACACACGAGGUCCAAGAAGAUGCCGAUACUGUGUUUAAGUGUGUGCUAAACGCACUAGCGGACGACGGCGAUCCUAGAUGCAAACAAGCAUCUGACCUGUGGACUAUACGGAAACGACAAUCGGCAAAGUGUUCAACGUGUAACGCGGAAUGUAUCUCACACCAUGCCGCGACCAACGUGAUUGUAUAUAUUGGGGGAAACGAGCCAAAUAAGCUACAGGACUACAUGGACGACUACUCCGAGUCCUUUAGAGUGUCCGACUACCACUGUGGCACCUGUCAAGAGGAGACGGAGCUGAACGUCACUACGGAUAUCACAGAGCUACCCGCAGUGCUAUGUGUCACCGUUGCCAGAGGGCAGCGGUGUGUGCGACGCGGAGAGCUUAUGGUUAACACCAGUGCCAUCGACGCACCAGAAGAACUAGACUGUAGCAGGAUGUCUGUAACUUCACAGCCUACAAAGUACGAAUUGUACGGUAUGAUAACUCACACAGGCCCCUAUGAGUUCGGUCAUUACGCAGCCUUUGUGAAAAAGAUGUCCAAGUGGUAUUUUGUUGACGGCGAUGUUGUGAAACAGUGCCCUGUAUUACCCUUAUCGUACUACAAUGUGCCUGCUCAUUUGUACAUGUUAAUGUAUAGAAGACUGUAA